CAGACAUACGUAUUUUACAAGCGACAGUGUUAUGUUUCGCUGGAAAGGAAAUAAAAGGGCGAAUUCAUCCAUUUUAGCCGUUUUAUUGGACAUUUGUACAGUGGAACCGGGAUAUGUGUUACUGUAAGCAAGAGCUGGAUGCAGGAUCGAUCAGUCGCCCGUGAAACGCAGUUGUGACGUAAACAAAAGGUGACAUUGUUGUGGUAGGGCAGGGGCGUGUCAUGACGGAAGAUAUAUUGAAAAUAUAAAUAGUGCGGGAAAAGGAUGCGGGCUACCGCUGAAAUCUAUUGUUUGUAUUUCUUAAUGGGUCUUUAGUGCAACAUUUUAGAACGCUUUAAGAUGGCGCUGCGAAGUUAGAAUCAGCCAGCCAACCAGGCCUCAAUCGACCCAUUGCACGACCCGAGACGAGUUGAGUUAGCGAGAGAUCACAAAGGUUUCGUACUCGUUGAUCGACUGGUGCGUCUGCAAAGUCGGAUGGAACGAUGUCCAAUGGCAAAAUCAUCACCAACACUCCUGUGGCUGUAGACUUCUGGCAUGUUCGCAGAUGUCCAGAGAGCAGACUCUUUUUCCUGUCGCACAUGCACAGCGACCACACGGUCGGCCUGACGUCCACAUGGGCUAACCGACCCAUCUACUGUUCCCCUGUUACUGCUUCACUGGUCAAAGUUAAGCUCCGGGUGAAGGAGAAGUGGAUCCACCCGUUGGAGGUGGGUGACUCGUACCUCCUGCCCCUGGAUGACAUUGGCAAAGAAAACAUGACGGUCACACUGAUAGACGCCAACCACUGUCCUGGCGCAGUCAUGUUCCUCUUUGAGGGCUACUUUGGCACCAUUUUAUACACCGGUGACUUUAGAUAUUCCCCGUCGAUGCUGCGUGAGUUGUGCCUGGCGACUAAAGCCACCAUUGAUGUGCUGUACUUGGAUAACACCAACUGUGACCCCAACCGUAGCAUCCCCUCAAGAAAGCAAGCCACACAGCAAAUCAAGGAAAUCAUCCGUAGCCACCCAGACCACAACGUUGUCUUAGGUCUCUACUCCCUCGGUAAGGAGACCCUUUUAGUAGACCUGGCCAGAGAGUUUCAAACCUGGAUCGAGGUGAGUUUGGACAGGAUGGAGAUCCUCAGGAUACUCGAGCUGCCUGACGUCUUCGCCACCGAACCGGGCGCCGGACGUAUCCGCGUUGUGGAGCAGAGAGAGAUCACCUUUGCCGCGAUGUGCCAGUGGAACAGCGAACAACCCACCCUGGCCAUCUAUCCCACUAGCCGGCCCCUCUACCUCUUCCACCCCAAAGUCCACGUGGUGCCCUACUCGGACCACUCGUCCUAUCAAGAACUGGUGGACUUUGUCAGUGGACUCAAACCUUCCUCCCUGUUGCCCAUUGUUGGCAACGGCAUUCCGGGAAGCCUCGCCACCUUAUUACCCAGCAAAAAGCACGAAAUCCUGGUGCCCGAGUCAGUGCAACACUACAUGAGGAGGCUGCCGGAAAACUGGAGCAAAUCAUCAGCCAGCGUUCGGCGCCAAUAUGCCCGACCACUUGUGCCUAAAGGAGUGGUGUUUGACUCUCCUGAGAGUUCAAGCAAGAAGUCCUGGGAGUGUCUGGGUCCGAAUUCUUCGGAGGAGGAGGAAGAGGAGAUGGAUACUGACAGUGUUGAUUGCAACCUGAGAGAAUCCAGUGAGAAGAUUCCCGCCUUUAAAAACCGCCAAGACCUCUUGUACACGUUAAAGCCCAACUUGGUUUGCACCAUCCCGGAAGAGAUGUUGAUGUCGCAGAGGGUGCCGUUCAGUCAACUCAGCCAAAGUAACUUUGACUCCUUGAAAAUGCUGCAGGACACCGGCGCGCUACUAACUCCACGGCGACGCGCCAUCGAAGAGGUGACGUCGAGCGCUUCUAACCGGACUGGCGCUGGUCCAAUGUCGGACGACGACACGAACGGGUCUGACAGUGACUUUGUGCCCCUCUCCAGUCCUAACCAUUUCGCGGCUUUGUCAGGUUCAUUACAGUAUUCUGACGCUCACGCUGAACGGCUUGAAAACGACAUCUUGAAGCAUGUGGUUUUUCCACCGGAGGACUUAAAGCUCUUCUACCCUUUGAGGAGUGUCAGUCGCAUGCGUCCCCUCUGUCCCAUACACAAGACAAAUGUGCCAUAAGUGUGUUUGUGCUUUUUAACCUUUUUUACUUUAUAAGUGCACCUUUUUCCUGUCCUGACUGAGCCAGGUCCUUUUACAUGUUAAAAAUCUCACAUGGCACACGAUCAAGCAGAAGUGUUAUAUGAUGAUCACACAAAUAUCUUGACACUGACAAAACUAAUAUGGAAUAAUAAAUGUACUGAAUAUUGACUGAUGAAAAUCAGACUUUGUUUUAAUUUUAUGUUCCAUCAAUAGAAUUAAUUUGAAAUAAAAACGGGGGAAACUAGA